CCAUUUUCCUCCGGUCUGCCGGUACUCGCAAGAAGACAGGAGGGGAGAUUCGCUCUUACUGUUAUUUUAAAGGAUAUCAGUACCCUGUGAAAGACAUUGCCUCCACGUUAAGAGUACUGAAAUACAAUCUGAACGUGGCCGUUUUUUGAAGGCUGUUUGUUUUUUAUACCCAACGAGAGAGAAUGUCCUCCACGAGCCCCGAGUACUCGCCGUUCUUCGGGGUGAUGGGCGCCUCCGCAGCCAUGGUGUUCAGCGCUCUAGGUGCAGCUUAUGGCACAGCCAAGAGCGGCACCGGCAUCGCUGCCAUGUCAGUGAUGAGGCCAGAGCUGAUCAUGAAGUCCAUCAUCCCCGUGGUCAUGGCAGGUAUCAUUGCCAUCUACGGUCUGGUGGUCGCAGUGCUGAUCGCCAACAGCCUGUCUGAGAACGUCACCCUUUUCAAGAGUUUCCUGCACCUGGGAGCAGGAUUGAGCGUGGGACUGAGUGGCCUGGCCGCCGGAUUCGCCAUCGGCAUCGUGGGAGAUGCCGGAGUCCGCGGCACUGCACAGCAGCCGCGCCUCUUCGUUGGCAUGAUCCUCAUUCUGAUCUUUGCCGAAGUUCUGGGGCUCUAUGGUCUCAUUGUAGCCCUCAUUCUGUCCACGAAAUAAACCAUCAUUACGCUGGUCACUGGGAGGGCAGCAAAAGGAAAAAUGCAUCGAUCUCAUUUCCAGGCCGUUGUACAGUCCUCUGGUUGGUAGUGAUCCUCUUGUACAUGCACCACGUAUAUUAGUGACUUGUCAUUUUUGUGUGUUUGUGUGUGUGUGCGGCCAUUGUUAUUGGUGUCCUCUGGUCUUAAAGAGCAGACUAGGGAACGGUCAUUUGGCUUUUAUUUUUGGGACAUUGGCAAAGUAUCUGUACAAAUACGUGGAUGAGCUGUUUUUUCUCCCCUUCUAAUGAUUUUAAUUUAAAAUGUUUAUACAUCUCUAAAUGGAGCAGUUGUUACUGAAUUCCCCAUAUUAUAAUUAUGUUCAUUAUAAUUUAUAUAUAGAAUUAAGAAUAUAUAGAGGUUAUUGCACUGUGGGUAGUGCUUGGAUUUCUUCUGGAUGUAAUUAUUGGUGAAAUGGCGAAUGCAUUAAGUGUCAGACUUCAGAGUGGAACUUUGGUGUGUGUGAGAUUGUCAAUUACAAUUUGAACAUUCUUGUUACACUUGUAAACAUGUUUUCCUGUAGUACAGCUAUUGGUUGUGUUAAAGUUGUAUACCCAGUGUUGGGUUUAACGGGACUAAUUUCCAAAUUAAUUUACUGUACUUAUUCUCACAGUUAUGGUGGUACUUCCAAAUGUAUUGUCAAAACACAUGUUAUAUAAAGUUCCACUUUGUUCCAAUUCA